AUGGCAAGUACGACGCCGCCAGCUGCACCAGUCAGUGCUCCAGCGAGCUCACAGGACAAUGGCGAUUCAAACAUAGUCAUCAUUGUAGCAGGAGUGACGGCAGCGGCCGCAUUGCUAAUUACUAUUAUCAUCGUGAGUGCUUGGAUCUACAUCAAACGCGAGAGAGCCAAACAGGCUGCCUGGUGGGCGCAUCGCGAUAUGCUCCAGCAGGACAGCACGCCCAUGAGCGGGCUCUACGGGAAGCCGCGGAGCGAUCAUCUCUUCCCACCACCUCCAAUAGACUAUUUAACUCCUCUGCCUCAUGGACCCCCGAACAUGGCACGCAGAGAGUCUCGUGCCUCUACCGUGAGGAAUGUCGCCAGUGAAAGGGCGAGUCUAGGCAGAUCUUCUGUAAAGAGUUUAGCGCGACAAGCAAGACAAGGCGAUGAAGCUGCUCGAGCUGAAUUAGCGAGUCGCUUUCAAACGGUUUCAUCUCUCAUGGGGUUGACAAGUUUUCCAGAGAGCGAUCCAGACAUUACCAACCCUUCUAACACGGUUCUGUCCUUUCUGGAAUCUGCAGCUACCGUUCCUAGAUCCAACCUAGAAUACACACCGUCUAGUUUGUCUCGAACAACACCAGCACCGGCUCUCAGAAGGUCAGGAAGUCGAAUGUCAAAAAAAUCCUCUUCAUCCAGACCACACGCAGCUUCACCCUUUACCCGUUCCCCAAGCGUAAGCAGCAAUAAGGGGUCUGCCAUUUCUUAUGAAGAUGCCCGUAUGGUUGCAGAAGCGUUUCUGAGAGAUAUACAAGAGUCGACUGCAAGAGUGCAGGCGUGGGAUGACCGAGGAUCGGUGAGAACUGGGCACAGUACUGCCGAUGUCGCAGGCUCUAAUUGUGACUGGGGUGAUGGUGGGACCACGGUGGAAGGAGACGAACCAGUUGCCCAUCUCACUAAGGAAUAG